AUGCCGGACUCGUGGAAACACUCCCUCUUGCAGUGCACAAUGUCUAGGUGCAUAUGGGCGCUGGUGGAUGAGGAUCUCGCACAUAAAAUGUUGGCGCUCGAAGAAUCAAAAGCGAAGCAAUGGCUUUUUGCACUGAUGGAGUCCCUUACACAUGAUCAGUUUGCCCUCCUACCAGUAACUCUAUGGUCGAUAUGGUAUGCGAGGCGUAAGGCGGUCCACGAGGGAAUUUUCCAGAGUCCUCAAGCAGUUCAGAAUUUCAUCAGAAGAUACUGUGAUGAGCUUAACAUGAUCAGGCCAAAGGUGGUGCGUGCGGUGGUAUAUAUCUCUGGUCCGACAGUGCCGCAGCAACCUAAAGCACCUCCGAUGGGCUAUGCGAAGAUACAUGUUGAUGCUGCAGUCAGGCCAGAGGGUGCCGUAGCGGUAUGCCGUGACUCCAGCGGCAAUUAUUUGGGGAGCUCUGCUCUCGUGGUUGAAGGCGUUGAUGACCCAACAUCACUGGAAGCGAUGGCUUGCAGGGAGGCAAUUUCUUUGGCAGAGGAUCUUCUCCUUAACAAUCUUGUAAUUGCCUCGGAUUGCAAGCAAGUCGUCUCGGAUAUUACAACAGGCAGCAAGGGGCAAUAUGGUGCAAUAGUGAUAGAGAUCAAUCUCCAAGCUACUCAAUUUCAAUGUAUUUUUUCUUUGAGUAUCGUGCUGUGA